UAUAGGCCAUCCCAGCCAGCCAGCCUGCCCCCAAUCUUCGCCCUUGCCUAUCCCUCCGUCUUCGCCAUCUCUCCGCCAGGCUCACGUUCGCUCACGAUCUUGCUUUCCAGUACCCUCUCGUGUGUCCGGCCCCGCUUGUUUCAGUGAUACCGAAGCCCACCUCCGUGUGUUAGUUCUAGAUGUUGCUGGGAGGAUUGUGUGAGUACGUCUAGUGGGCGACAUGAGUCGUCCGCUACAGCGGUGAUCAUAACAACAUGGGGCGGGUGGAGCUUCAAUCAGUGAUUUGGUGGAUUUGGGUGAAUUUCGCUAGCGAGGGGUUGUAAGAGUGGAGAUCUAUCUACAUCGCGCGAUGGCGAUACGGAGGUCGGCGCUCGCACGAGUGCCUAAGUUGGCUAGAUCAGGGUAACUUGGGAUUUGUACACCAGGUGCAGGCGGUUUAGUCCAGGUUCCGGGGAACGGCGAAUUAGUGUGGUUGUGGAUUCCGGCAGGUGGAGCCUUACGAUGAGUGUUGCUACCAUAUUGCAUGCUUGUGGGAGAAUGAUACUAUCUUAGUCUGUAUCUAGCUGGAGGCGGAGGUAGGGGUUUUGAGGACUGCUGAUUCAUACGGUGUCGGGGUCGAGGAGGAUUUUAGCUCGAUUAGAUCGUCUUCGAGAUGACAGGAUCAGGUAGCACGAACACUGCAUGUGCCGCCUGCAAGUAUCAGCGUAGAAAGUGCACUUCCGACUGCCCUUUGUCACCCUACUUCCCACCCGACCAGCCCAAACGAUUUCAGAACGUGCACAAGCUUUUUGGCGUCUCCAACAUACUCCGCAUCCUCAAGCACGUCGACCCUAGCAAACGUGAGGAUACCGUGAAAUCGAUCGCAUAUGAAGCUGACACCAGAGAAAAAGAUCCCGUGCACGGAUGCUUGGGUGUCAUCACCAUUCUGCAAAACCAAGUUUCUAAGCUCAAGGACGAGCUUGCUGUGGUCAGAGAACAGCUCUACUUGCUCCAGCAGCAACAUAAUUUCAACCAGCAGGCGCAGGUGCAACAAAUCGUGGGUUCCUUGGGAGGGAACACAAGCGUGGUGAACGUGAGUUCCGGGCAAGAGACCAAUGUUCUAAUACAGCAACUUCAGGAGUACAAUGGCAUGAACCACCUCAGUUCAGACUUUGCUAAGAGUAAUCUUCUUUCCAUAUCGUGUUUCGAGUCGGAUCAGUACUUGAGAAACGACAAGUAUGAUAUCAAAUCAGCGUCUUCCUCGAGGUUUGAUGUGGGCAGGUACAUCAGCGGGGAUUCUCCAGUGCAGCAGUCCGUGCUACUGGGAUCUGGUGGGCCAGUGAAGGAAUCUCCGGUGCAUCAGUCCGAACCACCCCGUGGUGCUAACGUUUUCAACGGUUAUGGCAUGGCCGACCCAGGUAGCACGUUCACAGACACUUCUGGCGAUCAUAGAAUUUUGCAAGACGUUGACCAUGCAUUCGCCACCCCAGACCCCUACGCAAUGGCGAUUCGAAGGAGGGGAAGCGGACUUCUGAAUCUGACGAUUGCUUCCGACGCCGAGCUGCGGAGAGCUACUGGUGGGCAUCAUGGAGUUCCCGAGCACGAGCUGAAGAGCGCUGGAGUUUACCUCACGUUGACCAACAAUUGAUACGCAUGCCAUUAUCUUCCAGGCUCUCAAGCGGAGCUCUUCGACUUCGUCUCAUUCUGUAGACAUUCAACAAUUCUUAUCACCAAGAUUUUCCAAAAACCUUUGUCAGAUGUAUCUCAUGGUUUAGUUCAGCAUGUUGGGAGUCAUCGGCCGGCGGCUGUAGUUUACAGAAAUACACUGUAAUACAACGGCAUCUCUAGACUGCCAGGUUCUGUCACAAUGGCGCUUCUUUGGAGCCUAACUUUUGCUUUAUGGACCUCAACGACAAAAGUAGUCAUGAACUUCUCUGAAAGACUUGAUGGAUGCUAAGCUGGGACAUGUGAAGGUUUCAGGUGUUUGGUGCUGAUCUGGCUGACCUUGGUCUGCCAAUAGAUGAACUGAUACUAGAUCGUUUACAAGCAGUUGGAUUAUGAGAACUUAGUGCAGGUUUCGUAGUAAUCCAGGUGUGAGUGCUUGGGUAGUGAACCCUCGCAACUGGAAGCAUAGAUUGAAUCCGCGUUUCAAAUCUGAGGUUUUCGAACAAGAUUUCAGUUUAAGCAGGGAUGAAGUCAAGGUCCCUUUAUAGAAGCCUACCUAUUUUAGAGCCGCUCUAGAUAUAGGCAGACGGACCAUCUAGUGCUGAUCGAUCUGUAGGGCUCUAAGGCUUGGUAGGCUGUAUUCUUUUGUGUACAGUUCCUGCCGAAGGAACCGCGCCAGCUUCUACACUUCCCCUUUUUUUUCUUCUUUUUUUAUUGUAUCAUAGAUACAAGUUUGUGGCUAUUUCUUGAUGGACUCAAUUUGAGAUCCAGAAAUUUUUAUUUUAGACAGAGUUUCGUUCAUCUCUUCUCCCA